UGAUCUGUCCUGCCCUUUCAAGAAGAUAAUAUCUUACACAGCAGUGAGAAUUAAUAUCCGAAGCAGCAAUGAAUACACAGGGUUCGUUGUAAAGUCAGAGUGUGUCAAUGCACACGUGUCCACACAUCCACAAGAUAAAGUGCAAGUGCUGCUGCCAACUUCGUUUGUGCCAGGUGCAAAACUGCAAGUGAAAGUGCAAAAAUUCAGUUGUAGCAUAACAACAUGAGCCCUACUGUCCAGUGUGGUGCUGUUUCCCAAGUGGUGGUUGUUGGUGGAACACAUGGCAAUGAGAUGUCAGGAGUCUGUCUGGCUAAACACUGGCUUCAGGACCCUUCAGAACUGCAUAGAAAAUCCUUUACUGCUGAGGUAUUGUUAGCAAAUCCUAUUGCAGUGGAACGCUGUGUACGCUAUAUAGACAGGGACCUCAACCGUUCCUUUUCACAUGAACUCCUAAGUGCCUCAGGUUCUGAAAGUGAUUCUUACGAGGCAAAGCGGGCGAGGGAGAUAUAUCAGAAAUAUGGACCAAAGCAAUCCUCUUUAAAUUUUGUUAUUGAUCUUCACAACACAACAUCCAACAUGGGCACAACAUUUCUACUCUUUAAGGGAGACAAUUUUGCAUUGCAUUUGGCAAACUACUUGCAGACUAAAUGUGUUGAUCCUUCUUUCCCAUGUCACAUCCUCCUCAUCGACAUCCCAGAAGGAGGGCAUGUUCACCUGCAGAGUAUGGGAAAGCAUUCAGUAAGUUUGGAGCUAGGCCCCCAGCCUCAAGGAGUGGCAAGGGCUGAUGUUCUUACAAGAAUGAGGGCGCUUGUGAACUGCAGCUUGGAUUUCCUUGACCUUUUUAACCAGGGCACCGAGUUUCCCAGUUUUGAAACAGAUGUGCACCAAGUUUUGUACAGGGCUGAUUUUCCCCGUAAUGAAGAUGGAGAAAUAGAGGCUGUUAUCCACUCAGAGUUGCAGGAUAAAGACUACCUUCCUCUGAAGCCAGGUGAUCCCAUCUUCCAAAGGCUGAAUGGAGAGGACAUAUUGUAUAAUGGAGAGAAACAAAUCUACCCUGUAUUUAUUAAUGAGGCAGCAUAUUAUGAAAAAAAAGUUGCUUUCAUUGCAACUGAAAAAACCCAUUGUCUUGUCCCUGCUCUCAAGGUCCAGAAUUAGGUUGUUCAAAAUAGGAGUAUUAUUUGCUUAAUUAUUUGCUUAAAGGAGGCAACAGGUGUAGUUCCAUAGUAGAUGAGGUUAGAAUCUUAACUCUAUCACAUCAAACCUUUUGUCCAAAACUUCAUAACUUGAUGGACCUGCAGUUAUGACUACACUUAUAUUUCUCAGGAAGAAAAUACCUAUGCAACAGAGAUUGGGCGGUAUGGCCCCAAACCUGAUAAAAUGCCACCUUUGUGCCCUUCACACCCAUAGUUUCAUAUUACAGUUCAUUACUAUAAUAACUUUAAUUUCUUAGAAAUUGCACUAUGUUUUGUUGUUUUGAUGCCUUAAAGGGAAUUGUACCCACUUUUUUGACAUAAGCUGAUUUAGUUGGGGUUAUGUCAAAAAGGUUACAUUAUGUAAACUGCCAGAAAUAAAUAUAAAUGUUUUGUUUACAAAGACA